GUACUGGUACUGGUACCGGUACCUGCCUAGUCUGGCGUGUGGUGUGUUUACUGGCGAGGAGCUGGUGUGCUGCCUCCUGCCCUAAUUAGAUGUGUUGUGCCGCCCCCAGCAGCCCCCGCACGCCGCCGCCAUGACCAUACCCAUCGAGGCCCUGUACACCGGCAGCAGGUUUCCGAGCGGGCCGAGUCUCUUCUUCCUGCUGCUGUACACUCCACUCGGCAUUGUGGUGUUUGUCCUGAGACUCUUCAUAUCACUCCAGCUGUUUCUGGCGGCUGCUGUUCUGCCCCACAACACAUUUAUACGAAGUAUUGUGCUGCGGGUCCUGUACUCUGUCCUGGGCCUGGUGGUGCGUGAGGAGAACCGGAAGAACAGAGACGACACAUGCCGCAUCAUCGCCACCAAUCAUAUCACCCCCUUCGACCACCUGGCAGUCUCCAUCGUGCUCCCCUGCGUCACGCCAAGCGUCUAUGAUCUCCCUGGGGCUCUGUCGUCCCUGCUGUGCUACCAGGACAUGGGUGUGACACAGGGCCGGGAGACGCUCAGAGUCAACGCCAGAAAUUACCUUGCCAACCCCAACAACCCGCCCCUUCUGCUGCAUCCUGAGGGGGCUACGACCAGCGGAAACUUGGCCCUCAUGAAAUACGGAUCCUGGGCACUGGAGCUGAACGGUACCGUGCUGGUGGCCGGCAUCCAAGUGUGGCGCCUUCCCAUCCUGCCUGUGGCCCCCUCUGUCCUUGGGGCCUCCUGGGCGGCCGAUCUCUGCUUCAUGCUGUUCUCACCCAUCACUCUGUUCACCAUCAAGUAUGUUGGAAAAAUCAGCCGCAAGGAGAGCGAGUCUUCGGAAGAGUUUGGCGUGCGCGUCCAAGCAGCUACAGCGUCCGCCCUCAACCUCAACACCAGCAAUCACACGGUGGCUGAUAAGGUGGAAUACAUGAAGCGUCUUGCCCGGGAAGCUGCUGCCGCCACCAACCCCAUGCUGAGCCCUCAGGUGCACCGCAUGGCCCAGCAGGUGCAGGAGGUGCUGCCCCACAUCUCUCUCGACCAGAUCAAGCGAGACCUAGUGCACACCCAGAACGUAGACCUCACCAUCACCAACUUCCUGGAAGGCAACGUCCCUGAGCCAGUCCCUGAGCCCCAGCCCACCCUGCCCAGGCCAGACCCUGCCAGAGUGGUGAGUCCCAUGGCAGGUGCUGUCAGGACUCCUGUGCUGAGUGCUUCUCUCUCUGUGUCUGCCGAGGUGAAGGGAACCGCUGACAAGGAUGAGGCGUUGGCCCGAGCCUCAGCUUCCACAGUAUCCAUGAGCACGGCAGCCAAGACCUUCGGUAAGUCGGCCACGGAGAGGAUGACGUCGUUUGAGACCAGGAAAGCGCAGCUCAUAGAAAACGCAAGAAGAAGAUAUAUUGAAAAGCACGGCCUCACAGAGUCAGGCUACAAUUGCUGACAAUUUUUGCAAUAAUUAUUCUCUCCAUUGUGUGGAGUUUGUGUUUGAUAACAUUAUCAUUUAUAGGAGCUCUUAGUUGGAGCUCAGCUGUACAGUAGAUUUCUUUGUUUAUAUGGAAAAUUUUCACCUUUGAGCUGUCCAGGAUCAUGUUUUGUUGCCAGGCUCCUCGGUCCUGGUCUGGGACUUAAUAUUUAGCGACUGAAUGUUUCUGAGAGACUCACAAGGAUUACUUUUCAAGACAGCAGCUGGACAAUGUCUCCGGAGGGUUAGGUUCUAGAUUUCAGGUUUUCUAAUUUCCUUUUUUCUUUAUAUGAAAAUGCCAAUCAAAAUUAAGGAGGAAUAUUUUUCUGUUUCUGCUGAGACGAUGGUGUGAGCGAAGCUGUACUUCAGUGUUUGUUGAUGAUCUUAAAAUGUUGAAAAAAAAAGGUUUUCAUGGUUUUAUUUGUUCCAGAAAGAGUUUUGAGUGACGCUUCAGCCAUGCACGGCUUGACUCAUGCUACAUACAGUUUAUUUUUUACUACAUUUCUUCCAGAUUUUCCGUUCAAUAAAGGAGGAUUUCUAACACAGUGUUGAGGAGGUCCUAUGUUAAGGUGUGUGUGUUGGUCCCUUCCUUGAUCAGUGUUCUGUCCUCACUUCCUUUGACGUAGUAUUCAGUUUUCCUUUUCAUGACCUACUGACAUGUCCAAGUGUUUCCUUAGCAGGCUGCAGUGUGGUCCCAGUGGGGGAAUAACUCUAAGCAUAUCUAUCACUUGACAAGCUCUGUCAGGACAUGAUUUUUCUUAUUUACACGGUCAUGCAUUGAUAUGGAUUUUCUGAUUCUCUAGUAGGGUCCUUCUGCAGUGAGGGGGACUCCAUGUUAUGUUUUCAUCCUAUCUUUUUUGUUUGCUUUAUUGUAUUGGCUUUGGCGGAUUAUUUUAUCACAAUAGGAACCUGUGUUGCUCGUGGCAAUGCCUACCGUGUGUUGUCAAAGCAUUGACACAAGAUGACAGGAAAUAAAUAGUGAUUUGCACCCACUGAUAUACAGUCAUACCAUUUUUUUUGACAUGGGACGCAUUAGUGGGAUUCAUUUUAAAUUCAGUGGGGAAAUUCGUUUUGGUUUAUGAGUGUUUUGGUGUGCGAGCAAGAUCCAGAACGUAUUAAACUGAGGUAUGACUGUAUAUUAUUGUUACUUUGUUAGUAUCUUGUGUCAUUCAAGCUGCUGUAUGCAAUAUUUUUACUUAGUACAGUGCAGAAAAAAAUAAUAUUGAGGAGGAAACACACGUUUCAAGGUUCAGGCCAACUGGUUAAUUUUAAAAUUAAAUGUAUUAUCAUUUGAGUCACAAAAGCUGCAUCUGGUGAAAUGUGAAGCUGAUAUCACGGCCAGUACACUUGUAAGGAAGACACUUUGAAUGGUGUGAUUCAGCUCAGAUUGGCUCUUCCUCAGCAUUCCCUGCCUUCAUUCCUUGAGUCCACAGCUUGGGUUCAGGAUACUACACAACACAGCUUGGCUUUCAUUGGUUCAGGACAAUGGUGCAUUCACUGACAGGCACCCACAGCCAUGUUAUCCUCAUCCUGGAAAAAAUGUGAUUCCUUUCCUUCACUCCUUUGAUGGUUUUCUGUUAACCUUGAACUGAGCCGACAGUGAGUGUGUAGACAGGAGUAUAUUAUCAAUAACACUGAGUACAAAAUUAUAACUUAAGGCAUAAUCUGGUGGUCAAAUGAGUUGUCAAAUUAAAGGCAUUACAACUAUUUUUAUGAAUUCUAAUCCUGAUGCUUGAUAUUUGUGUGUGCAUGAUAGGUAUUGAUCCUAAAGGAAGAAUCUUCUGUACUCUAUGGGAAAAAAUAAUUUAAAUCCAUGACCAGUGUUUGUUUUGACACUAAUUUCAUAAGAUGCCCGUCAAGAAGGUGUUGGCUGAGUCUGCUGCUCUGCUACAGGUGAACCCCUCAGCAGAACAUACUUCCUCUCUCUGGGGCAGUCAUGUGUAGCCUAUAGUCAAGCCAUUUCAAAUGGUCCAUUUGGGCAUUCGAUUCCGCGGGUCCUUUCCUCCCCUCAGCUCCGCCACACAGCCCAAACACCUAUUUUUCCCUCUCAUGUGUUACCUAUAGCUAACAUAUGAGAGGAAGGGAUACGUGUCAGGACUGUGUGGCAGAGCAGAGGGGAGGAAAAGACCAGUGGAAUCGGACGCCCAAAUGUUUGACUAUAGAAAACAUUGGUCAGCUGACGGCCAACUUUACGAUGUCUGGUGAUCCUCCCCGACAGGUCUUGGUGGAGAGUACAGUAACAUCUUGUCAGCCAGUCUUCACAUGUCUUGUAUAUAUUGUCAUGAAGUCCAAGGUACCUAGACAUGCAUGUGUAUUGUACAUAAAUGUAUAGUAAUUUGUAAAGACCUCAUAUUCCUGGACCCACUUUGGUAUUUUCAUGAUUCACAUUACUACUAAGCCAUCAUCAGUGACCUUUGCACUCCAGCAGACUUCACGGACCUGUCAUAGCUAAGGUUUGCUGGUCAGUUUCAGCGUAAUGAGUGUUGAUAUUAACCCUUGGAUGGCGGCAGUGUUGGAAGAGUAACUCCCCCCAAAAUAAAUGGUCUAUAUGUGUCGCUCCCUGCUGAAGUGAGGCAAGUGACACGCACAAGAAAAUGAGAAUAUUGUGAUUGAAGUUUGGUGUUUCUGCAAUUUUCUACCGUUUACCGUUUAUGAGGUUUCAGGCCCCGGUCCGCCGCCGUAGCAGUGCUCCACAGGGCCGCCAAUAUUAGCACCUAAAGUUGUCCUCAAUCCUCAUGUUUGUGGCAUACG